CCUAAGGCCGAAACUAGGUCUCGACGGACCGGAUCCUCCACCUCGUCGGGCUGAUUUUGUCCUUGAAUUCGUCAUUGCUCUCCUAUGCGGCAAACGCAGUCAGGCUGCGAACUCACCAAAGUCGCCUGCAGCGAUGCGCUCCGAGAUACCGACCCGAUACCUGUCACUUCCGAAGCGCAUACAUGGACACAUACAGAAUGCACGCGACCACAGCGUGACCGGAGCUUGAUCACGGGCCUACAGCAGUCGAGAGAGAUAGACGAUAGAGAGAGAAACCGGUGAUGCCUUCAUCUGACGGCCCCGAGAGAAGACGAGCCUCGCUCGGCGCCGUCAGUCUGGCGACAUCCGAUGGCCGCGCGCCGGCAGUUGGCUUUCGAGAGGGCCUCGGCCUGGUGGGAAUCGCGAGGAGGACGCUGGGGAUAUCCUUCCUGCUGCUGACCGUGUUCCUGUGGACGCUGUCCAACUUUCUCGCCAGCUUCAUCUUCUCCGACGAAACUUACGACAAGCCCUUCUUCCUCGUCUACUUCAACACCUCCAUGUUCGCCAUCUCCCUGGUGCCCAUGUUCAUCCGAUACCUCGCGCAGAGAGGAACCCACGGGCUGCAAAGCGACGUCAGGCGCAUGUGGGCGCAGCACCGAUUCCAAGACGCCGCGGCGGCCAGCAGCAGUCCCUCGACAUAUGACGAAGAGCACGAUCGCCAAGCGCACGAGCGGCUGCUAGUCGACGACCACGAGCGACGAGACCCCACGGCAACAUGGAGGAGCGCCGCGGCAGCAGCCACGGGGGAGGAGAAGCUCGGCUUCCGCGAAACGGCGGUGCUGAGCUUCGAGUUCUGCAUGCUGUGGUUCGUGGCCAACUACCUGGCGUCGGCGUGCCUCGAGUACACGAGCGUCGCCAGCGUCACGAUCCUGACGUCGACGAGCAGCGUCUGGACGCUCGUCUUCGGCUCCCUCUUCGGCGUCGAGACGUUUUCCCUGCGCAAGCUCAUCGGGGUCGUGGCGUCCCUGACGGGCAUCGUCCUCAUCUCCAUGGUGGACCUGUCGGGCAAGAGCGACGAGAACAGGGGCUCGUUCCCGCACAAGACGCCCGGGCAGAUUGCGCUGGGGGACGCCAUGGCCUUUCUGAGCGCCGUGGUGUACGGCAUCUAUGUCACGGUGAUGAAGCGGCGGGUCGGCGACGAGGACAAGGUCAACAUGCAGCUGUUCUUUGGGCUGGUGGGCGUGUUCAACCUUGCGCUGCUGUGGCCGCUGUUUUUCAUUCUUCACUGGACGGGCAUCGAACCGUUUGAACUGCCGCCUACAAGCCAGAUCUGGGCCAUCAUCAUAAUCAAUGCCGUUGCGUCCUUUGUGAGCGACAUCUCGUGGGCCCUGGCCAUGCUCCUGACGACGCCGCUGGUCGUCACAGUGGGCCUGUCCCUGACCAUCCCGCUGUCGCUCAUUGGCGAGAUGGUGCAGUACCAGCAGUACUCCAGCUUUGUCUACUGGAUCGGGGCGGCCGUCGUCUUUGUCUCGUUUGUCUUUGUUAACCACGAGACCAGGGAGGAGGACACGGGCAAGGUGGCGGCGGGUGUUGCAGACGAUGAGGGCGUUGUGUAUGGGACGCCUUGA